UCAUGUGACUCUGACUAAGAACAGGUCAACAUCCUGUAGGAUAUAUAAAGAGUCUUGAACAUUUGGCGUGUGUAGCCAGUCAUUUAUUAGCCUUUUCAUCUUUGUCUGCAACAACACGAUACAUGCUGAGACAUGCUGAAGUUCCUCGCAAUCGCGUUCCUGUUGGGAGGGUGCUCGGUGAUGGUGGAGGCCUGUUGUCUUCCCAAACAGUUUGAGUGCACCGCUGGUCUUCAGAACGCCACUUUCAGGGGCGGGAAGCUGGAUGUGUCAUCGACGGUGUUUAUGCAUUCAGUCGAUUUGGUCAACAAGAAAGUUUCCUAUGUUGGACAAAGUUUCAAGAUCGUGCAAGAUUACAACAAGAUGAUGCAGUAUACCAUCAGCCAGUGGUACUGUAGGGUCAGUAAGCUGACUACACCAAUACAUGACUGCAUGCCUGCGAAUGCAACAAUUGCGACGUCAAUGGCCAUGGGAGGGCCCAAGGGCAUCAUGAUGGAUGUAUACGACAUUGAGAAAAUAUCCCCUGGGGCAAGGCUUCCGUUCAAGGGGACACUCUCACUCAACCAAGAGGGCUGCGUUCCUUUUUCAGAAAUUCUAAAGACCGAGGGCAGUAUUGCAACCCUGGCAUACGUCAACAUGACUUACGGCAUCAAGGACCCGUCAGUGUUUGACGUGCCCAGCCCUCCCUGUCCCAAGGACACUGACAACUUUGUGAACUCACUGCAGCAGCAGCCUGCACCGUCCUGGCCAGCACUUCCGACCCUGCCGUGAUGUCGCUUAAAGGGCACAUCAAAGAAUCCCUCCAGACACCAUCAUCAAAGGACAAAUGACCUGAAAAUCUUUCAUCUCUUCGUUGGUGUUUAACGUUGUUAACUCAAGUCAACAUGAGAAUAAGCUAGGAAGCAUUAACGUCCUGACGUUCUGUGUAGUUCACAAGUAUUGUAUGGUGUCUGUUUCUAUAUGUGUCCAGGGAGUCCUGAAAAACAGGCUGAAGCCUGAGCGAUGUAACUC